CGCUCCGCCGGUGUCGCCGCCGCUCCGGCCGGUGCCGCUGCCGCUCCYGCCCGGGGAUGUACGCCGGCAGGAAGAGGAAGAAGCCGGUGCCCAAGAGCCCCAAACCGCCRCCCCCUGAGGGUGUGAAGUCCAACCCCUCCAAGCGGCACCGGGAGCGGCUGAACCAGGAGCUGAGCAAGCUGACAGGGCUGCUGCCCUUYCCCGAGGAUGUGUGCUCCAGGCUGGAUAAACUCUCCAUCCUCCGGCUGGCCGUGGGCUACCUGAAGGUSAAGAGCUACCUGAAGGCUACAGCUCCAAAGGCCAGCGGCUGUGUGGAUCAGCCCAGAGCUCCRGGAGGGGACAGAUGGAUGGAGCUGCAGGGUGACAGGGAGCUGUUUCCUGAGGGGGAGCUGCUGCUCCAGGCACUCAAUGGAUUUGUCAUCGCCGUGACUGGGGAUGGCUACAUCUUCUACAUCUCCCCCACUGUGCAGGACUACCUGGGCUUCCACCAGUCGGAUCUCAUCUACCAGAGCGUGUAYGAGCUGAUCCACGCAGACGACAGGRCCGCCUUCCGCCGCCAGCUGCACAGGGCCCCGCCGCUCGCCGCUGACACAUUUCCCCCUGAGCAGCCGCCGCUGUCCAGCCCCCAGCAKGUCCAUGCUGAGAAGCAAUCCUUCGCAGAGAGGAGCUUCACCUGCCGCUUCCGCUGCCUGCUGGACAACUCUUCGGGGUUCCUGGCCUUGAAUUUCCGUGGGCGCCUGAAGCUCCUCCUUGGGCAGCAGAAGUCAGCAGCUGAGUCAGACAAGUCCCCAGUUGCUCUCUUUGCCAUUGCGACGCUCCUGCAGCCUCUCUCCAUCCUGGAGCUCCGCACCAAGACGCUGAUCUUCCAGACAAAGCACAAGCUGGAUUUCACUCCCAUGGCUUGUGAUUCCCGGGGGAAGGUUGUGCUGGGAUACACGGAGAUGGAGCUGUGCAGGAGGGGGUCCGGAUACCAGUUUGUGCACGCGGCUGACAUGAUGCACUGCGCGGAGCACCACGUUAGGAUGAUGAAGACGGGGGAGAGCGGGCUGACGGUGCUCCGGCUGCUGACCAAGAGGGGCAGCUGGGUGUGGGUGCAGGCCAACGCGCGGCUGGUGUACAAAGGGGACAGGCCCGACUGCAUCAUCACCCGCCAGCGAGCCCUGUCGAACGAAGAAGGGGAGGAACAUCUCCGGAAGAGGAACCUGCAGCUGCCUUUCAGCUUUGCCACGGGGGAAGCAGUGUUGUAUGGGAAUGACCUUCCUGGGGUCUUGCACUCUUUCCAAGCCAAGGAGGAGCUGCAGACACGAGCAAACCCCAGCCCGGAGCAGCGCUCGGUGGACCCCAACUCUCUCCUUGGGGCCAUGAUGAAGCAGGAUGCAUCCAUAUACAGCUCCCACACUGAUAACGUGCCCCAGCUCUCCUUGCCAGGUUUCCUGCCUGAGCCCGAUGGGCUGAGCCACAGUGAGGACAUCAGCAGUGCCAAGGAGGACAGCAACUCCCUCCUGGUGGUCAUCGAAACCCUCUUUGAGAGGGGCGAGGUGGGUGGGAAYGCCUGCCAGAGCCUCAGGAUGGACAGCACAGAGCUGCAGCAGUGGGAGGCRGCUCUGCUCAGCUUGGGGGCAGAGGAGCAGCUGCCAGCUCAGGGCCUUGGCAACAGGCCGGCCACCAAGGUGACAUCCUGCAUGGAGCAGCUGCUCCUCAGCGAGGGCACUGGCAAGAGUGUGGGCUUCCCYCACUGCCAGGAGGAAAACAGUGCUGUGGCUCACUUCCAGCAUUGCUGGGCAACGGAGUCAGCAUUCCCAGCCCAGCCCCGGRCACAGGGCRYACCGGGAGGCCCAGGGGCUGUGGGCUCUGCAGUCUCUGUGAGCUUGGAGGGCAGCUCUGCCCAGCCAGAGCAGCAGGACCCCUUUCACUCAGCCAGGAGGGUGGCAGGGACUGUGCUGGGUGUCCCUGUGUCCAGCAGCGAAUCCUCUGUAGUGCUGCAGCACUUCAACCAAGCGUUUCAGACAGAAGUGACCCCCUCUGCUCCCACAGAUAACACUGUUCCUGGUGCUCAGAGCCAGCCUGGCUGCCAGCUGGUGGGCUCAAGCUSUCCACCCACCCUGCACUCAAACACAUUGGUGACUCCUUGGCACAAUGUCCCCCUCCAGGCAAAUCCAGCUUGCAUGGCCACAGCUCCAAAACAGCUGGAAGGUGCAGGAACGCACAUGGAGUCCCAAACCCUGCCAGCUGGCAGCCCCAAGAGCCCCCCMGGGGCCGGGCUGUGGUUGCCAUCCCCCUCCCAGUCUGUUCCWUGCCCUGCCCAGGGCUUGCACGAGUCCUUGUUCUCUGGGGAUGGGAACCUCUGUGCUGAGGAGGCUGCUCUCCCUGCACGAGCAUCAGCACCCAUGGGAGCCAGCCAUAUGCCAGGGGCUGGUGGCUUUCCCCAACAGCCCCCGAUAGCCCACGUGGAGCCCUGCUUCUCCUGGGCAGGGCAGCAGGCAGGGCUCCAAGAGGACAAGUGGUUCACCCAGCUGUGGYUCCCGCAGGCUGGGGCAGCUCCUCCGAGGAGCCAUGGGGCAGGGCCAGUGCCCCAGAGCGGGCUCCUGCUGGGCUCCAGCCCUGAUCCCAGUGCCCACGGGAUGGACUGCAUUGUGCUGCCCGAGUGCCAGUAUGGGAACAGCCUCUUCAGGCAUGAGAGCAGCUUCCCGAGGGAUGUCCAAAGCACCCCUUCCCCAGCAGCCGGGCACUUUGCCUUGCCCUGCUGAGAACCCCCAUGGAGCCUGCCACUGCUCACCAGGCUCAGUUUCAAGGUGCUCAGCAGCUGU